AUGGAGCUGAAGAGUGGGUUGGCUGGGUUUGCCACUUUGGCCACCAUUGGGCUAUUCCUGACGGGCAUCGGCGUCCUGUGGCUCAAGUAUGGGCUUUUGGUCGACGACUUUACCGUCAUCUUUGUCAAUGGCGUCGGUGCUUGCCUCAAUACCUACUAUGUCGUCAUCUGCUACCUUUACAGUAAAACACCGAGUCAGUACAUUCCCUCAGUCACCUCAAGCUUUGGCUUUCUGGUCCUGGUCAUGGCCUAUGUCAAGUUUGCCGUCCCCGUGCUCGAGGAUGUGCGUUGUGACAAAUCUCAAGCCCUUGUUCCUGCGCGCGUGCCCCAUCCCACCACCACGCUCACGCAGCUUGCCGUGCGCCUCAGGCCAUCUACGUCGUUGGGUUGA